CGGGGUAUUCCUGUUCCGCUGCUUCUAGCCGAGAAUAGAUCAUGCGCUCUCUUGCCGGGUUCUUCUUGGUGUUUGUCUGCGCCACCUUCUACCUGUACGUGCUGAGCACCCGCCUGCGCCCGGGCCGAGGACGAGAAGCCGAGAGGUCCUUGGUGUUUCCUUCAGAUCUGGAUGAACUCCGUGAGCUGGCUGACUUUCUGCAGGACUAUAAGAGGGAGCACCAGUCAUAUGUCGCCCUCCUGUUCUGUAGCGCAUACUUAUACAAGCAAAGCUUUGCCAUCCCAGGAUCCAGCUUUCUGAACCUACUUGCUGGGGCGCUGUUUGGACCAUGGAUGGGCCUGUUUCUAUGCUGCACCCUGACCUCUCUGGGUGCCACGUUCUGUUACUUACUGUCUCAAGCCUUUGGAAAACAGAUUGUAAUCAUGUAUUUUCCUGAGAAGGUGGCCAUGCUGCAGAAUAAGAUUGAAGAAAACCGCAGCGGCCUGUUCUUUUUUCUACUUUUCCUGCGUUUGUUCCCGAUGACGCCUAACUGGUUCCUGAACCUCUCUUCACCCAUACUGAACAUUCCAGUAGGACAGUUUUUCUUCUCUGUCCUCGUCGGUCUCCUACCCUACAACUUCAUCUGCGUCCAGACAGGCUCCAUUUUGUCAAAGAUCAAAUCUUUGGAUGACAUGUUUUCGUGGGGAACACUACUAAAGUUAUUGGCAAUAGCGCUUGCUGCUCUAAUCCCUGGCACCAUUGUCAAGAGGUUCAGUCACCACAAGCUGGAACUAAAAGGAAAAGAACACAUGAUGAAUGGCAGAAAAUCCACGUGAAGGCUUCUCCCUCCACACAGAACCCUUAUUGCAAGCAAUCUCAGAGACCCUAAUGAAAAUCUCUUCUUAUUUCUAGACAGGUGACCACAUUCUUCGGUGUGAAUUCCGCAGUGGAUCAUUUUGUCUAAAGUCAGGUAUUCUUAGCAUCUCUUGUACACAAACUUUUUCGGCAUGAAAGUCUUAAUUCGACCGUGGGUCGUCUGUGCCGAUGCGGCACUUUUUAAACAGUCCUUUUUGUAUUCAUUGUUUUUAGUAAGAAUUUGUAGAGUUUGUCUUAUGAAUGUAUUUUUACCUCUUGUCUAUUGUCAGUUUUAUUUCAUAUUGAGGUUAUAAAAGUCCACCUAAGGGAAAUGCGUUUUUGAAGAGCAUAUGUGCCCUGACGGAGCUCUAACCUUGAUCUGCUUGAGUGGUGAGACAGGCAAAGAGCCAUCCACUAAACAACCCCAAAGCGAUCUUCUGUUCCCCCUGACCAUAUGCUAAAGAGGACAUGUGAACCCCCUUAGUGUACGUACCUGAGUCUGAGCAGGAGGAAGGAGCCCUCUCGGCUUAUAAGGAGUGCUGAAAGUGCUCACGUGCCGUCAUUAGCAUGCAAUGCAGAGGAGUUUUUGGCCUCUUGGUCCGAAGACUGGGGAAUGUGUUGUAGGUGCACCCACAAAACCCGGCCUGCCCUUGAGCCGGACACUAUAAUAAAUAGAUGUAUCGGUUUACAAAUUCUCUUUAGCAGGCAUCCUCAAACUGCGGCCCUCCAGCUGUUGUAAAACUACAACUCCCACAAUGCCAUGCUGUAGGCUGUUCGGGCAUGCUGGGAGUUGUAGUUUUGCAACAGCUGGAGGGCCGCAGUUUGAGAAUGCCUGCUCUUUAACAUUCUCUCAGGAUUGUAGUCCCCAUAGUGAAUGUGAUAUGCAGCAGAAGGUCACAUCUAUGAUUUUUAAUUAUAGGGAUGUUGUGAUGUCUUUAUAGAUUUGGUAUAUUACAUAAGGGACUGUUUUUGUGCCUCUAGCCUUGCGUCCAAGUUUGGACUGUGAUAAAUGUCCAUGGUUGGAUAACCCUCUAAAAUUAUGGCAGCAAGUGUCGAGAGACACACAUGUAAGCACAUAUUAACUGUACUAUAGAAACCUGCCUCAACUUCCAGUGUAAAGAAAUAAACUAUGAAAUAUUGAGGACUGGAGGGGAUUUUUACCCCAAUCGUGCGAACACAUGGGCAGCUAACUGACAGGUGCACUUUAUUUUUCUUCUUCUUCUGGAUCAACAUAGGAGGAGACUAGAAUGUUAUGCUGAACUUGAUAAAACUAUCUUUUUAAGGGAAAAAAAAAUGGGUCCCUAUCUAUACACAGAUUAGGGGAGAUCUAUUAGUUAAGCCAGCAAGCUGGAGCGGAGCCAUCCAGCAAACACAUCUCAAUGUACUUUCUAUUUUAUGACGGAGGAGCUUCUGCAAUAACAGUAUAACAUUUGCCCUUGCAAUACUCUAUCAAGUCAUAAUUCUACAAAAUGUACACAAUUUCAGGUCUGAUUAUGGUGCCCACAAUAAUGGCACACCUUACCUCACACCUAGUGCCAUAUUGCAAAACUGUAGCACCGCAACCUCAUGUGUAUUAUGUGUAUUACCAGACUCAUAGGGCAGUGCUUGAUUGUAAAAUUGUAAUACUGACCACAGCUAAAAUAUGUAAAACACACGAAUUACUGCUCUGUGUGAUUAGGAUUCACUGUAAAAGGGAAUUAUAGGACAGCGUAUUAUAGGUACAGGUCUGUAUGACUAGUAGUCAAAAAGUGAGAUCUGUGGCUGCUAGUGGUGCUGGAAUAAUACAGCAGAUACGUAGGGGGAAUUUAUCAUUAUAGUGGGGCCACUUUUUUGGCAUAAACGUAACUUACACUUUAUAGAGUCAGCUGAAUUUAUGAAGAGUUUUGAUGUUUUUGAAUAUUUGACAACUCUGUCUCAUUAUUUCUGGUGCUGACAGAUUUAUAGGUUGCAACUUUUUAGUAAGUUGCUUAUUUGUUACUCCAAGGAAAGGGUGAGAUAAAAUGAUUACUGAACAGAUAGAAGUCGGCACUACUGGGGCUUCAUGCAAUCUGUGCGUACGACCGCUGGUUGGGAGUCAACCUAAGCCAAUCAGGGAUGGUGUUCUGUGUCAUAGACAUUUAUGGGGUCAUUUAUAAAACUAGUGUAAGAUAGAACUGGCUUAGUUGCCCAUAGCAACCAAUCAGAUUCCACCUUUCACUUUCCAAGGAAGCUGUCAAAAAUGUAAAGCUGGAUUCUGGUUGCUAUGGGCAACUAAGCCAGUUCUACUUUACACCAGUUUGAUAAAUCACCCCAUUAAUUUGC